AUGUGUGGCUACCACGAACUCCUCACGCCCUGCUGCCAUGAGAAGACUGGCUUCACGCCUUCAUCUUCUCACAAGUGCUCUCACUACUUCAUCAACAAUCGCCACUGCCGUACCGGCUCAACACACUCUUGGAUUGUCUCCUCACCAGCAAUGUUCUCCAACGCUACCUGCUCAAACUGCGGGAAGCUCAAGGAGCACGAAAUCAGGCAAAUCAAGGCGCAAAUGAGAGAGGAAGAAAAUAUCGCUGAGGAGGAGAGGAAGGCUGCAGAGGGAGCGGAGAAGGAAAGAAGGCAGAUGGAGGACGCUAGAGACUUGAGAGAAUGGGGAAAGGAGCUUAGGAGAUCCGGAAAAGAGAUGAUCGAGGGCAAAAUGAGCGCGGCGGAGGCCUUGAGGAGGCAGUUGGCUAGACUGAAGUUCGAUGAUGGCGUGGGACCUUCGUGA